AUGGCACAAACCCACACCCUGCAGUUGGAGAUUGCAAAGCCCAUAACGCUCCCAUGCGGACUCACCCUGCCAAACCGGCUCGUCAAGACGGCCAUGGCCGAGGGCUGGGCGGACAAGAACAGGCUGCCGCACGCCGGCCUCGUCGAGACCUACCGCCUAUGGGCCGACGGCGGCUGGGGCCUGAUCCUCACCGGCAACGUGCACAUUGACGCGGCCUACCUGGGGACGCCCGACGACUGCGCCGUGCACGACGGGCUGAGCGCCAGCUCGCACGUCGCCGCGUGGGCGCCGUGGGCCGCGGCCGCCAGCAGCCGCGGCACGCCCGCCAUCCUGCAGCUCAACCAUCCCGGGCGGCAGUCGACGCUCGGCGCCGGCUCGCGCGCGUACAUGGCGCAGACGGUGGCACCGAGCGCCGUGCCCGUCAACAUGGGCGGCGGGCUCAUCGCGCGGGCCGCCGCGGCCCUCGUCUUUGGCCGGCCGCGCGCGCUGACGGAGCCAGACAUUGACGACAUCGUGGCGCGGUUCGCCGCCGCCGCGCGCAUGGCGUCGCAGGCUGGCUUUGCCGGCGUGCAGAUUCACGCCGCCCACGGCUAUCUCCUGGCGCAGUUCAUGUCGUCCAAGACAAACACGCGGACGGAUCGCUACGGAGGCUCGGCGAAGAACCGGGCGAGCAUUAUCGUGCAUGUCAUCAGGGCUGUGAGGGCCGAGGUGCCGAGCAGCUUUUGCGUUGGGCUCAAGAUGAACAGCGUCGAUCACCAGAGCGCCGGCGAGCUCGGUGAUUGUCUGGAGCAGCUCCGGGACAUUGUCGAUGCCGGAGUUGAUUUCCUUGAAAUCAGUGGCGGCAACUACGAAGACCCUCUGAACAUGAUCUCAACCACCGCCGCGACGCAGGCCAAGGUGUCGCCUAGCACAGCAGCGCGAGAGGCCUUCUUUCUCGAAUUUGCAAAACACGUCCGGAAAGCCUUCCCGGACACACACCUUAUGGUCACUGGCGGCUUUCGGAGCCGGCUUGGUCUAGAGCACGCUGUUGCGUCCGGAGCGUGCGACAUGGUGGGCGUGGGACGGCCAUCGGUCAUUGAUCCAAAGCUUCCGCAGACGGUCGUUUUUAACGAAAGUAUUGCCGAUGAGGCUGCCACACUGGCCACUAAGAAUUUUUCCCAAUCCUGGCUUGCUUGGAUGCUUGGAGUCAAGGGUCUUGCCGCGGGCACUGAGACGCUCGGAUAUGUUUCGGCCAUCCAUAAGAUGGUAGCCGCGGCUGGUAAAAAGGUGCCGGAAUCGAGAUUUUAG